AAUCGCUGCUCAGUCUUACAUCGCCAGUCAAAGUCGAUAUCUCUCUAAAAACCAAUAAUAAAAAAUUAAAGAAUAAUGAAGUACUUUGCUGUUUUUGUGAUGGUCUUGUGCUUUUUGGGCACUACUCUGGCCCAGAGAAAGAACCCCAUUUGUGCAGAGGAGUUUGCAGUUAGAGGAGGACCCUGUCGUGGACUAAUUCCCUCUUGGUCUUAUAAUCAAGCAACUGGGAAAUGCGAACCAUUCAAUUACAAUGGCUGCCAAGGAUCGAACAAUAGAUUUGAUAACCAGGAAGAUUGUGAAAAGAACUGCAAACCUCAAAUUUUGUAAUUUGAAACUAAAGUGUUAUGUGAAUAAAGUUUUUGUUAUUUUAAAUGUA